AAUUACAACACUACAAAUCUAUUACAUUUAUUGAGGAUGGUGUAAGCAAAGUGAAUCCAGCUAACAAUGGUUUCCACUGUUUCCUCAUGGUGGUUGUCCCUGCAACAUGACUGGUGUGACGGGUUCACUAACAGUGAGAAAGUAUGGGUAUCUGCCCAUCACCUCAACUCUAAGACUUGUCACAGUUUCCUUACAUCUAGUGGUCCUAAAGAUGAUUUGUUUACCUCUAAGUUGGUAUCAGAGCGAGAGAUUGAAGUUACACACGCUACGACAAAUACCUCUACAAAGUUUACAGCUCCUGUUUCUUCACACAAAGUAACUCCCAACCACAACCCGGUUUCUCUUGAUAUAACCUCCACUGGUGGACUUGGAGCUGUCACUAAUGGUAAGGACGUGUUAGUGUUUGAAGGAAGUAACGGGAAUGUAAGGAGGACUCUAAGUGGACAUGUAGAUGAUGUGCAGAGUGUUAAGUUCUUCCCUAGCAACAAGGUCCUUCUCACAGGGGGAAGUGACAUGAGUGUUAAGAUAUGGUCGGUGGAAGACGGUAGUUGCCCAGUAACUCUGACAGGCCACAAACGUGGUAUUACUGCACUUGGUAUGAUUGAGAGGGGCAAGGAGGUAGUUUCUAGUUCCUUAGACGGAACUAUAAAGUUAUGGGUAUGUGGAACACAGCAAUGUUCAACUACAAUAUCUCCACAGUCCGGUGCUGUCAACCACAUUGAGAUAUUAGACCAGAGUGCAGUAUCAAGCAGCAGCAAGCUAGUGAUGAGUGUAACAGAAACAGGUUUACUUGCAGUCCACAGCUUGCAGGACAGUAAACUGAUCUCUCAGUUCCAGCAUUCUUCUGAGCUGACGGCGUGUACCGCUGUGUCCCAACACCUUCUCGUGACGGGUUCAGCGUCAGGGGAUAUAAUAACUCUAGACAUAAGAGACUGUUCCAAACCUGUCAGUGUACAGAAACGGAAUAACUUCGCUGUCACAUCCCUCUCUAGCCACGAACAAAGAGUAUGGUGCGGGCAGAAGGACGGGGAAUGUUACACUAUAAGUACUAGUCCGGACACCACGUCUGACACCACUCUUCUGUGUGACACCACUCUUUGUGGGGGAGAUUGUGAGGCUAUCUUCUCUGUUGUUGCUAAAAGUGGGAUUGUCUCCACAUCAGCCAGGGACAGGAUUAUCAGAAGAUACGAAGUAUGAACUUGUGUACAGACACUCUAAGAACCAAGUUUUUAUGUUAGACAGUUAUUUGCUUACUUUAUUGGGCUGUGCCGGGAUUUCAUAUUCUAUUCCGGAAUGUUUCGACCUAUAUAUUAAUUUAUUAAAUUGUUAUGCGAUUUUUUCAGUAUUUAACGGAAGUCGAUGAACGUUUUAAUGACACAUCAACAGUCAUUUUAUGAUGACAAGUUUUAGUCGCUAUAAUAAAAUCAUGACCAGAUCAUUGUUCAUAUUUAAGACAAUAAUCGAAUUGCUGUCUUUACAUGAAAUGAAAAUGUGAGUUUUCGGUCUUAGAUAAUUCUUGCAGAAACAAGCCAAACAAAACUAAAUCAAAGUACCAAUAAAAACGGGACUUCCAUGCUAAAAUUUCUUUUUUCGCUCAUGAUAAGUACUUGGUUUCGUUAUACUUAUCAGACAAUCACAUAUGUCGCCACACUUCGUUCUAUUAACCUAUUAAAAAGCGUUUAAUA